UGAGGCCCCAGUCGGUGCUGUCCAUUACCACAGACAAUGCGGCUAAUUAUAUUAACGCUGUCGAGAGGCACCUGCAAGUAGCCAAUGUACCAUGCAUGGCCCACACUAUUAACUUGGCUGUGAGGAAAGGGCUAACAGUGCGAGCUAUCGAAAGCCCUAUCAACAGACUGAAGGCCACAGCACUGCAUUUCAACAAGUCAACCACGGACAGCUACCUGUUGGAAUCUAAACAGAGGCUGCUCGGAGUGAAACCUGCUAAGCUGAUCAAUGAUUGUGCCACCCGUUGGAACAGCACUUACGACAUGGUGUGUCGGGCAGCGGAUCAGCAAGCUCCGGUGGCAGCUGUCAUCAUGGAGAAAAAACUCGGUCAUCUUGAGUUGAACACCAACGAGUGGAGCCUCAUGGAGCAGGUGAGCUCAUUGCUACAGCCUUUUAAAGUGGCCACGGAGGCAUUAUCAACUGACCGAUUUCCAACCGCAUCAGCCGUUCUCCCCCUUAAGUACGUGCUUAUGUCACAUCUUCAGCCAUCUACCGGUGAUCCUCAAGCACUCAAUGACAUGAAAACUAAGAUCUCCGCCGACCUCGAGAAGCGCUACAGUCAUACCAAAGAUGCGUUCAUGCUUCUCAAUUCUGCUAGUUACCUCGACCCCCGGUUCCAUCGACUGAUUCAUCUGACCGGAGAACAACAGCAGGAGGUGCGCGAUAAAGUACAUAGAGAGAUGAGGUUGAUUGCGGAGGAUGAAGAGCACGCGGAGAAUGAAGAGGGAGCAGGGGAUGGAACCCCUCUGGGUGCUAUGGGGUCCCUUUUGGGGAAUGUUUAUCGCCAGUUUGCUGGUCCAGGUGGUACUUUGGACAGUGGACUUGUGCUACAGCAAGAGAUGCGCAUGUACGAUGCUGAGACACCAAUACCUAGCGACAGCAACCCAUUGUCGUGGUGGAAGACGUCAGGAACCAAGUACCCUCACCUCGCCCGGCUGGCACGGCGCUACUUGAGCAUCCCGGGCACCUCAGUUAGAGCAGAAAGGGUUUUUUCCACUGCUGGCAUGAUAGUAAAUAAAAAACGCUCUGCACUAGACCCAGCAAACGUGGAUCGCCUGGUGUUUUUGGCUAACAACCUUUAGAAAUAGGCCUAAUAAAAAGAUGUGGCGUGUUAGAAAUGUAGGAAUGCCUGACUGUUAUCGGCCCACUGCCGCCAUAAGCACUUUCACUUUUGUAUGUAACGUGCGCAAUUUGAGUUAUUUUUGAAUUUGCAAAGUUGGUUAUUUUUGUAUGCACUUGAGUGCGCAAUUUGAGUUGUAGUUAUGUACGAUUUUAGUUAUGUUUAUGAGGCACUUUCAGUUUUGCCUGUGGGCAAUUUCAGUUAUUUUCGUAGGCUAUGUGACGCACUUUGAGUAAUGAGUUGAAUUUAAUAGUUAAUAGUUGAUAUAUUACUUCUGUGUAAACAUAAAGGUGAACCACAUAACCUAUCCAUUCUUUUGACACCAGAGCAUUUUGGUAUUAAAAAAAAACAAAAAAACAAAAAAAAAAACAGAAGCAUUUUUUUAAAGGACCAGGUUUCUCCAGCAGCCUUGACGCGGCUCAGUGUUGUACUCAGAGUUGAAUUAAAAUUCAGAAUUGAACUUUUCCUUUUCUGCCUGAUCUUUAUUAUUUACUUACAACAAACAUCUCUUGACUUCUGGUAUAGAAUGUUUACUGAUUACAUCGGAACGCCCUCUACUGGCCAAAAGUAUAAUAACUCCAUGCCCUACAAGGUAACCUAUAGUAAUGCAUAAAUAGGCUAUAUUUUAACAUAAAAAAUUCGAAUAUUAUUCGAAUUAAAAAAAAAA